AUGAGAAGACUUAAUUUUACGGUAGGCUACAAUAUUUAAUAAUUACUUACCUAAAUUAGACAGAUUUAAUGAAUUUCCGUGGGUUUUUACAGAAUUUUGAAAAAAAAUGUUCUGAGUUAUAAAAAAAACGUAAAGAACAAAUUUGGUCAAAGCUAUCAGAUUAUUUGUUUUGCGGAGAAUUUAAAACACCUAGAUAGAAACCAAGACGAAGUUAAUCCUUAAUUUUGUUAGUAGCUUUCCUGUAAAAAAUCAUUCAAAUUCGAGUCAGCAUUCUCUACCUGUUUUCCCUCCUUUCUCCGUGACCCCAUGCGCUUCCGCAUCCGCUCGGCUUUGACAAGUUUUUAUUUCUCGAUUCGGCAGGUCAGUAUUAUUCGGCGCAUCUGUCCUACAAUAAAUUUUAAGAUCAAAAAAGUCCUCGCCGGCCAGAGAGAUUUGAACGAGGACCGGGAAACAAGGAAACUCUCAAAGAAGUAUCAAUUCCGCUUCGUUGCCGUUUUUUCAUGUUUCCUAAGAUUUCAGCGGGGAGUGGAGCUGCCAGGAAAAUGUCAGCUGGAUGGUGAUUCACUCGGACUCCGUUCCUGCUCGUCCCGUUCACGUCGAGAGUUCGUUGUCCUCGACGAACAGAAUGAUGGAGGAACCAUUAAAUCGAGGUGCUUCGCCAUCUGGUGACAGCUGCCUCUCUGGAGGUGGAGAAAUCAACCCUGCGACAAUUGUGACAGCAUUGGACGAUCGAUUGCUGGAUAUAUCGACACGACAUUCGUUGAAUGUAUUGCGAACUACGCCAGCAAAAAAAGCAAAACGAGUCAGAUUUUUUAGGAAUGGUGAUAAGUUUUAUACGGGAGUUGUAGUUGCUGUGACACCGGAAAGAUAUCGCAGUUUUGACAGUCUCGUAUCUGACCUGACAAGAGCUUUAAUAUCCAGCGUAACAUUGCCUAAUGGCGUCCGAGCAAUUUAUACCAUGGAUGGAAGGAAGGUUCAAAGUAUUAGCGAUUUGGAAGAUGGUAAAUGUUAUGUCUGUUCUGGACAAGGAGAAAUUUUUAAAAAGGUUGAAUAUUCGUCAUCCAAAGUGCGAAGAGGCAGUUCUCUGUCAGGCCUACCUCAAUCCCCAGCAGUUACAGGAAGGCAGACAAGUGCUAUACCACAGUGCGUUAAAGCACGAAUAAUAACUCUCAUACGACAUGGUACAAAACCUCGUAAAGUAGUCCGACUUUUGUUGAACAAAAGAAAUGCACCAAGUUUAGAGCAUGCACUGGAAGCGAUCACGGAUGCUGUGAAGCUUGAUUCCGGAGCAGUCAGAAAGGUCUUUGCUAUUUCUGGCCAACAAGUUACAAACUUAGAGCACUUUUUUGAAAAUGAGGAAGUCUUCUUAGCAUAUGGUCCUGAGAAAUCUACACAGGAAGACUUUGAAUUGGAUUUUGAGGAAUCAAAAUGUGUACAGAGUUUCCGUAAGGGUCCAUGGGUGUCGAAGAGGCAGAGCGGUCCAAUGCCCAGGAUGCCAAGAAAAUCUGGGAAAAAAGCCCUUACCGAACCACAAGUGCGAACUCCAAGUCCCACUUCAUUAAUAUUACCGCAACCACUGAGAUUACACUAUGCAGUUGGUCAUGUCAUUGGCGAUGGCAAUUUUGCCGUUGUCCGGCGCUGUGUACAUAAAUUAACUGGUGUCGAAUAUGCAAUGAAAAUCGUAGAUAAAUUUAAGUGUCAAGGAAAGGAAACUAUGUUGGCAAGUGAAGUGGCGAUUUUACGACAGGUGUGUCAUCCUAAUAUAAUCAGUCUCAUUUCUGAACAAGAAACCACAGAUCAACUCUUUCUAGUGAUGGAACUUGUGAAGGGAGGAGACUUGUUCGAUGCAAUAGCUGCAGUGACCAAGUUUUCGGAAGCUGAAGCCAGCGUGAUGAUUAGCCAUUUAACUUCCGCUUUGGCCUACUUGCAUUCUCAUCAUAUUGUGCAUCGUGACGUCAAACCUGAAAAUUUACUCGUGGAAAUGGAAGGAAGUCGUGUACGAUGUCUAAAAUUGGGAGAUUUUGGACUUGCACAAGUCGUAAAAGAACCUCUGUAUACGGUUUGCGGUACGCCAACUUAUGUUGCACCAGAGAUACUGGCAGAAACAGGUUAUGGACUGAAGAUCGAUGUUUGGGCCGUGGGCGUAAUUCUGUACAUUUUGCUGUGCGGGUUUCCGCCUUUCGUUUCUCCAAAGAACGAACAAGAAGAGCUCUUCGAGCGGAUUCUCAGUGGCCAGUACGAGUUUACUUCACCAUACUGGGAUGACAUUUCGGAAUCUGCCAAACAGCUUAUAACAAACAUGCUCCAGAUACAACCUGAGCUGAGAUUUAGUGCUGAGGAUGUUCUCGAUCAUCCCUGGCUCGCGCAGAGCUUUCUAGGAGGCGAGCCGCCCGCAGCAGCAACAGUUACCGAAUCGGCGCAGCAAUACGGAGAUCAGCAGCGUCAGCCGCUAAGGUUGGCAACUUUUGAGUUCGACUACAAGAAACAAAGACGGGCCGAUGUUCCAGGAGACGAGCAGACCGGAUCCGGGGUCAUCAGGGCGAGAUGGUCGGACGUCUCGUCGUCACCGACGAGCCAAGUCAACCACGUGCACCAGCUAAACCAGCUGAGCCAGCUGCACCAGUUGAACCAGUUAAACGCAAAACCUUGCAAAUUGGAAUACGACUACGACGAGGUCGACCUGGCGAUCGAAAGUCGAGACCAAGAGGAGCCAACGUCUUUGAGCGCCGACUGUCUGCAGGACAUUCGCGCCCUGACCAAAUCGGUGAGAGAUUUAAUGUCAGACGCGAACGAGUUCAAAACCAGUCCCGUUCCUGCUCGCAGUACAAGAUCCUCCCGAAGUGCGGCUUCCUCAUUGAGCAGUAUUCCCGAGAGAACGAGCGCAUACUGGAAAGGCAGCGGCACCAGGUUGCCCAGUAUUUCCUACAGAGGCUCGAACCUGGACAUCCAGGAGUACAGUGACGGUUCCACGUCCAAAUUACAUUCCGCGGCCAAGAGAAAUGGCAACUCCUUGUCCGACAUUCAUUCCAGGUCGUUUGCAACUCCGAGCCCUCCGGGCUCGAGGAUGCUGUGCCACGUGGAGACCCCGAAGUCUGCGAGGUCAAACUUUAGACGGCCGGUUAGUGGGAAGAGAAUUUCCAAUAAGGGACCUGGUACCACUGCCAACGGGGGUUCCAAGGUUGCGGCUGGUACCGGAAAAGGCAAGAUAACUGCCAAUGAUCUUAGGAAGUCCCUGGACGAGUUCUGGUCCUCGACGGACGGCAUCAGUGGCAGCUCUGACAACGAAAUCGAGGCUUCAGACAGUUUUAUUAAUACACAUCCUCGUCACUCAAGUCAUGGGCAGGCCUCGGAUCAAAGUAUGGAGUCCUCCGACAGUUUUGAGAACGUCCGCUUCUUCAGAAUUAGAAACACUCAGGAAAGCCGCGACUUCAGAGACGUAAACGAGAACAGUCGCAAUGGCGAUCGUCCUUCGAAUUCUAAUCUACGGUGUAAGGAGACCAAGGCUGAGGCAGGCCAGACUAGCAACAGGUUAGCCAGCGGUUCGCGUCAAAGCAAUUUAAUUGCAAGAAGGACGAAGCCCUCUUUAAAUGUUAAACCAUUGUUACAUACCGAGGAUACACCGAGUCCUGGAAGGGGUCAAGAGGCUUCGAAAAGCUCACAGAGAGAGCCUAUUAAGCGCAGGGAAAAGAAACUCGCCCCUGCGAGUAGUCAAGAGACGAAAGUCGAGAAGAAGGUCCCCGAUUGGAACGGGGCGAGCAGGAGAUGCACUCGAGCCAUGGCUAAGGACGUAAGGAAGUUCAGCUCCACGGAUGAAUUGAGGGACGACAAACAGGUGCAAGUCAAGCCGAAGAGGUUCAGUUUGUAUUAUACCCCGCAACCCUUGAGGAAGAACUACGAGGCCGAGGGCAAAGUUGGGAAGGACGUGAACAGGAACCCCAAGGAAAACGUCCGUCCUGGCAGCGCGAAGACUAACGAUUGCAAUAAAAGGAAAGAGGAACCCUCGGCCAUAAAUGAUAAGAAGGAUCUUGGCAGACACCGGAAAUCUGUCGCCGAGACCUCCACGGCAGCCAGUAGAAGUAGGUCGACUAAACAAAGCGUUCAUGUUAGAUCCGUCGAGAGACCGACCUUGGCAAAAGCCAAGUGAUCCUCGGCUGGUCGUCGAGGAGCCCAGAAACUGCCUCCUCCAGGAAAAGCGCGUUUAUUUAUUCCACGAUAGUUCUAAGCCGACUAGAAGUAGUGAUACGGGGAGGCGACAUGGCUCUAAAGAAUCUGCAAGGGAUGGACCUGAAUUCGCAUUCGACGUAUCGAGUUUAAAUUGUUCUUAACACCUUCCGCAAGGGAUUCAUGUACAACGGCUGUUAUCUAGACUUUGUUUAUGCCUUUAAUUUAUUAACGAUAACGAAUGGAGGUUUACAUAUCUAAUAGUAGAUUAUUAUUUGCACGAAGUGGGACGAAACAUCUCGAAAAUUUCAAGGUUCAAAGACGUGUGAAAUCGGUAGAUAAACGAUAUUCGGCGUUAUCGUAACGAAUAGCUGUAAAUACGAUAACUGUGCACAGCUUUAUGAAUCUGGCUAAAUCCGUAGAGGGUACGCUCUGUCGAUUUUUAGGGUCAUAUCGCGAUAACGUUCCUUCGAAAACCAUUUCGCCGACGCCGAAGUCGUAGCAAAGAAUUCAGAAGCUCAAUAGAAGCCCAGAAGGAUACGGACAUUCGAUGCUCGAUAAAUAGUAUGUUAGCUAACGGACGGCGGCGCUGUAGUUGUCUCUCCAUCUCUCUUGAUCUUGUAGCGAUAUAUAGUGAAUUGCGUUCUUUUUUUAUCUUACACACAAUACGCGACUUUCCAUAUGCGUCUCUCUUCCUCCCGUAUGUGAGAUAUCGUUGGCUAACACAUGCGAUCUCUCUUUUACGCCCACUGCUGGUUUGUUAGCCAAAUUUUAGAGCAUCAAGCGCUAACAUAGGAUCUGCGCUUCUAUGGGACUUCUGAAUUCUUCGGUCGUAGCCGGUGGGUGUGGUUCCGGAUCGGGCGCGAACGAAACAUGCCAAAUGCAUUUACGUAGAAUUAUUUUGUAAUCGACGGCCCAUGGUGAAAUUAGAGCUCGUAAUCGUAAAUUAAGGUAGCCAGUAAGACGGUAGGUUUCGUCAUUGGGUGGACUCGAGGCGUGUAGGAAAUUAGGUGCGCGUGCACACGGACCUUCUCUGGAGAAGUUUGCCAGCGAAACGCGCUUCCAGCUGAGCGGCGGAGGAGCGAAAUAAUAAACCGGCGAAUCAAUUAGAAUUAAAUGUACGGUACGCGUUUUGCUCAACUACACUCCGCGGGAGAGAUAGAGUGAAUAUUUUUAUAAGAUGUCGCAAGUCUAUUGGGCUGGUCGAGCAAUAAUGGGGAAACGACGUAUGGGGAUGUAUAACGUAUACGGCCGGGCAAAUUCUAUUCAACCUCUCUGACACAUAACUAUAAUCUGGGGUGCGAUAAUAAGUAUUUUUAAUUUUAACUCGGUCGACCGUCGGUCAGUCCGUCGAGCCCUUGUUGGAGGAGGAAUGACUCACCGAUGAAUUUGUUAAAUAAUUAGCGAUUAACCGAGUACUCGCAUAAUCGUAGGUUAGUAGCUCGUUUUGCGUUACGGAAGCGUCGAUUGAAUAGGAAUGAGCCCAUCCCUGGUACAAUCAAACUGAGAGAAGCCUUAUGAAAGUCGUAAUAACGUCCCUCCACAAGAUCAGACUGUAAAUGGGUAGGGUAGAGUGAAUUUAUUUUUUCCAGAAGUCGCUAUUGAAUAUCUCCUUCGUCGCUCAAGCACUCGUCGCUUCGGGACUGCACGCUAAUUUUCUAACGCGACCAUUGAUUUUUCUAAUUGUACAUAUGAACGAGGAACGACCGAUCGUAGUUUCUAAGGACCUCUUCACAAUUCGUUCGUAGUUCCCCGAUCAUCGGUUAUCCAUUCUUUCCUUUUUUUUUUAAUUAUAAUUUGUAAAAAGAAGUCGCGCCUUGGCGCCUCUGAUCUGUGCAAACGCGGUCGUUGUUGUUACUUUUAACGUUAAGACCUUUUAUUAUUAAUAUUAUUUUAUGCCCAAGAUACGUGCACUGCAUUAUAUCGUAGAGUAGGUUUAAAAAGUGAUCUACGCCAAAUAUUAAGACGCAUCGAUUAUCUAUUUAUAUUAUAUACAGAUUAUAUACAUAUAUACCAUUUAUGCGCACACCAAAUUUCAUUUAUCGCGGGAAAAUACGAUCGAAAGAGCUUCUCCUUCCGUUCACUUUUCCGUUUCGUGGUACUUGUCGUCCUUGACGCGGUGAAAACAAACACUGAAAACAAGACAUUCGGAGAAUUAUGCCUCACGGCAAGACAGCGAAUCCGAAGUAACCCUUUUAAUCUCGACCCGAAAAACGUAAUUAAAAGACAAGCACAAUCAGCCCUUCCUGGAACCUUCGUUCAAUUUCCCGCGAGUUCUCGUUACGAGAUAUUAGUUGCAUUAUAAGGAGGGGAUAUCGAAAUAAAUUAUUUGAUCAGACCAGGAAGUUGCACAAGGGAGCAACGAAGCCCGCCGAAUGUGCGAAACUAUGUUUGACGUUCUUUUGGUACGUUCUUCGAUGGUUGUGAGAUCGUUCGAAAUAUGUUUCGUGAUCAAUAAACAUGAAUUGGUGAUCAUACGUGUCGAGUGUUACUUCGAAGGAAAAUCCCUUAUCAGGUUCAAUUUUUUUUUGUUAAGUUUUAAUGAAAUCACACGCGUAUGCAAUUAGUGCUAGGUCGACCAUAUUGAAUUGUGACGUCACUGGCGUGGAAAUUGCGUAUGAUUCCCAGCUGGUAUUCUGCAAAGCGAAUGACAUGUAUCAUCGAAGACCAGGCCACGAAGAAACUAGAUGUUCGCAAAAUGUGUCAGUUGGGUAAUUUGUGAUGGAUCGUGCAUUACGAAACCAGAUAUCGCUCCGAAAUUCACUUCGUUGCCGGGCUCAUGAUUUCGAAGUGAUAAUGAUAUGAACAUAACAUCAACGUAGGCACGGAUAUAUUGAGCUUCACCCUUUAAGGAAGAGCCUUUUUUUUCUUUCUUCAUAGAUUCAAAAGUCUGAAGCUGUUUGAUAAUUUUUAGCAAUAUGUGUCCAUGCCUAAAUUUUGCUUACGUGUCUUCUGUCACGAGAUACUAAUAACGUGAUUAUGUGGCUUUAAAAUCGAAUCACGGGAGGACUAUGGACGUAGGAUAUAUGGAGCUCGUAAAACUAACCAUUCCCUUGAUAUUCUCGUAAAGCAGUGAAAAGGAAAGAGAGCAAACAAGGGACCAUCCUUUCUCCUUUUCUCGUCUAUCGUUACAUAGAUUGCACUGAGAAAGAUAUUGUUAUAAAUAACAGAAUUGUGAUUUGCUUUCUUUUAUUACUACUGCGAACUAUAUUAAAC